CUGAGGAACUAUAAACUGUGUGGAGAAGCAAGGACGGACACCACCAACCUGUGCAAAGCUGAUUCCCACAGCUGAUUCCCAGCUGAAAGAAAGAAGUAUUUUUAGAGAAAAAGAAAUUUUUCAUGUUACAGGAGCUGAAGGAAAGCGUGUUCCAGUAUGUUUAAGCUGUGUGGACUUCAAUUUCUGCUCCUCGUUCACUGGGCUAUGUGCCAGAAUUUCGGUGACCUGCAUGUAAGCGGGCCUCUGAAGGACAUGAAUUUCUCUAUUCUAGAAGGAGGGGGGAUGCGCUUCGUUUAUCAGUUCACAUCUGAGCCACCUGCUGUGAGUUUCAGAUUGUCUGGUGAAAAAGAUGGAAUAAUUGACAUUGUGCCGAAGACAGGUAUCCUGUAUCUCAAUGGGUCUCUGGACUGGGAGACGAAAACAAUGCACAGACUGCAGGUGGAAAGCCUGGAUGAAAAUGGAAACGUAGUGAAAGGUCCGUACGCUGUUACAAUAUAUGUGGAAGAUGUCAAUGACAACCCACCAGAAUUUGACCAGACAACGUACACUGGAGUAGUGAGGCAGAACUCCCGUCAAGGCAAGCCCUUCAUGAAAGUCCACGCCACUGACCGUGAUGAUCCUACAACUCCCCAUGCACAGCUGACAUACAGCAUUCUCCAUCAUUUUCCCAACCCUUAUUCAGAAAUGCUUUUCCAGAUCGAUAGUGCAACUGGAGAAAUCUCACCGAGUAAGACAGGCUCUUAUUACUUAGAUCCUCAAAAGCAGGACACCUUCACACUUGUCGUCACCGUUAAGGACAUGGCAGGGAUGACAACAAAUGCUUUCACCAGCAGUGCUGAUGUGAUCAUCACUGUAAAAGAGAGCCUGUGGAAAGCUCCCCCCACCAUCCGCAUCCAAGAAAACUCAACCCAGGUCCACCCUGUCAACAUCACCAAGGUGCAGUCAAAUGAGCAAGGUGUAAUUUAUGGCCUUUAUGAAAAAGAAAAGCUGCCCAGGCUCCCAUUUUCCAUUGAUCAGGAUGGGAUUAUUUAUGUGACCGAACCACUGGACAGGGAAGAAAAGGAUACUUAUUCUUUCUUUGCGAUCACCAAAGAUAACAAUGGAGAACUGGUGGACAAGCCUCUGCAGAUUCAAGUUGUUGUGGAAGAUAUUAAUGACAAUCCGCCUGUGUGCCAGGAGGACCUCACUGUAAUUGAAGUUCAAGAAAAUGAAGGCGGAGGAAGCAGUAUUGGCACCGUGAUCGCUACAGACAUGGAUGAGAAGGACACCCUUAACUCACGUCUGCGGUUCAAAAUCGAAAGUCAGGUUCCUGAUCGUCCUGCAAGUAAUAUGUUCUUUAUUCAGCAAGACACGGGGGUUUUGAAUUUAGCUGGCACUUCAUUGAACAAGCAAGCUGCAUCCAACUAUUCCUUGAAGGUGCUGGUGACAGAUCCAGCAUUCCAAACAAUCUGUGACGUGCAAGUACAUGUCAUCGACAUCAACGAUCAGAUUCCCAUCUUUGAAAAAUCAGAUUACGACAACGUGACUGUUGCAGAAAAUAUCGCAGUAGGAACAGUGCUAUUAGAAAUUCAAGCUACCGAUGGAGAUGAGCCUGACACAGGGAGCUCCCACAUCAUUUACCAAGUGAAGGAAGGAGAUCCAGACAACGUAUUCAUCAUAGAGACAGAUCCUGAAACAAACCGAGGGUUCCUCAAGAUUAACAAGGCUCUUGAUUUCGAAACAGCUCCAGUGUACAACCUGGUGAUCAACGCCACAAACCCCGAACCGUUGGUGUCAAGCGUGCAGUACAACGCAAGCUCCCUUACCUUGUUUAAAGUUUUCAUAACAGAUGUGGACGAGCCACCUGCUUUCUAUGAGGUAGCUUACAACGUAGAAGUGUCUGAAGACGUUCCUGUCAACACCCUGAUUGUGACGGUGGAGGCCUAUGAUCCUGAGGGGGAUUCUGUACGAUACUCCUUAGAAGGUGAUGUGAGGAAAUGGCUGAAGAUUGAUUCAGCCACUGGGGAGAUAUACACCGCUUCCCCUUUGGAUCGAGAACAAGAAGAAGUGUACACGGUUGAAGUUGUUGCAUCAGAACUAAAUAAUGCAGCUCAGAAAUCUAAAAUAGCCGUGUUACUACGCUUACAUGAUGUGAACGACAACCCUCCACGGCUAGUUAUGGAUUCUCCUCCUUUCUUCUGCUACCCAGUCUCUAGAGGAGAGAAAGCUUUCCUUCAAGCUACUGAUGAUGAUCAAUACUGGGCUUAUCCAAUGUUUACUUUUUCUCUUGGGGAUGAUGUGAAUACAAGAAAUAAUUGGGAAAUCUCAAAAAUCAAUGCUACUUAUGCUUACCUCUCUCCGAAACAUGGUAACUUUGAAGAGAAGACAUAUAAUGUUUCAGUAAUAAUUAAGGACAAUGGAAAACCACCUUUGGAAAGAACAGUGAAUCUUGAAGUAAGUGUCUGCAGGUGUUCAAGUGACAACUCCUGUUUCAUUGCCCUAGAGCGUGAGGACUCCUGGCCAACUGCCGGCCAGGCAAUUGGGAUUCUUAUUGGGGUCCUCCUCAUCAUAGGUUGCAUUGUAGGAGGUGUGUUUAUUCACAUGAAGUGCAAACAGAAAGAUGAAAAGAAGAGCGAACAGAAAGAUGCAAAGGAUAGGUCUGAACUCAAUAGACUGGCUUAAUGACUGUUUCAUCAAGACAAAAAAAAGCAUUCUUUGGGUUGGGAAGGAGUGCACUUUAUAGAUCCCAAAGCCAAGAAGUAUGCUAUCACAAACUGAGGAUACAAACAUGCAAAAGCAGGCUCUCAGGGUUUUGUCCUCACUUCUGUAGGUAAUGCUAUUCAUUCAUGAAACAAAACCCAUAUGUACACUUUAGCAGCAGCCAUUAAUAAGAAUAUCAGCUUUGACUGAAGUGUUAACUCAUGACAGCACCAAAUGCUGAGCUCCUGCAAGGAUCAAUACGUGGGACCAGCUUUUUUUGCUUGGCGGCUGUAGUGAAUACGGACUUCCCAGAAGACUACAUCUUAUCUAACUGCACAUCUUUGGCACUUCGCAUCUCAGUAAGUUGCUGAAUAGCAGAACAAGGAAUAAAGUCUUGUGCUACAUUUGAAGAUAUCUCAUGAAGUUGCAGGAAUCUCUCUGACUCUCAGUAAAGGAACUACCAAAUUUAUCGCAAUCUGUAAUCUGCCCUGGGUCAUUCUGCUGGUGAAUUUGGACCUUCCAAUAUUCACUAGUAAUAUGACAUUUCAGUUUUUCAUUUUUGAUAUCCGCAGAUUAUGACCAGUUUGUGAAGCCCCAUGACCUUUAAUUAUAGUUUCUAAGUUAAAUAGUACUUUCUGAAUCAUGUGGAAUAGGGUAAUGUGCUGUGUUAUAUGAUGCCAAUAGUGUUCUUGCCCACUACUUAUUAGAUAAAAAUAAAAAUGUUCUUUAAAGGUU